AGGAGGUUUGUCCUUCCGCUGCCGCCGUCUCCCGGGCGGCUUCAGCCAAUCCGCGAGACUGUUUGGGGAGGAAGAGGCGGGGACCCAUCGGGGCAGUGGGAUCGAAGCUAGGUGCCCCUAGGUAGCGCUUCUGCCUUUGGCUGCUGCCGGCAUGGAGGAUUUUUCCGCCAAGUUCGUGUCCCAGAAGAUCAGUAAGACCCGCUGGCGGCCGGUGCCCGCUGCCGCUCUGCAGCCGCCCGAGCUCUUCGCUACCGGCUCCUGGGACAACGAGGAAAACAAGAUCUCUGUGUGGUCUGUUGGAGACUUUGGAAGUUUGGGUCCCAAUGGGGAGUAUCAAGGAGAACCACAGCUGUUAUGCGAUAUCAGACACCAUGGUGAUGUCAUGGACAUGCAGUUUUUUGACCAGGAAAGAAUUGUAGCUGCUUCAUCAACAGGAAGUGUAACCAUUUUCCGACACCAUCAGAAUAAUCAGACUUUAUCUGUCAACCAACGAUGGGAGAGGGCCCAUUACCAUGUGGAUCCAGAUACACCUUUCUAUGGUGGAGCGUCAUGUACAGGGGUCAUCUGCAACAACCCAGAAAUUGUCACUGUUGGAGAGGAUGGUCGAAUAAAUCUUUUCAGAGCUGACCACAGGGAGGCAGUGAGAACUAUAGAAAACGCAGACAGCAGUACACUCCAUGCAGUGACUUUCCUUCGCACAACUGAGAUUUUGACAGUAAAUUCAAUUGGACAGUUAAAAAUAUGGGACUUCAGACAGCAAAGAAAUGAGCCAUCUCAAAUAUUUUCCUUGACAGGUGACAGAAUUCCACUACACUGUGUUGACAGGCAUCCCAACCAGCAGCAUAUUGUAGCUACAGGUGGACAAGAUGGAAUGUUGAGUAUCUGGGAUGUUAGACAAGGCAGCAUGCCAGUGUCCUUGCUCAAUGCUCAUGAAGCUGAAAUGUGGGAAGUUCACUUCCAUCCUUCCAAACCAGAUCACCUAUUUACAUGUUCUGAAGAUGGCUCUCUUUGGCAUUGGGAUACCUCCUCAGAUGUAUCAGAAAAGCCAUCUUUUUUCCAUCAAGGUGGAAGAAGUACUACACUUCUGUCACACACUGCUAACCAGUCUGUAAUUAGUGCCUGGCUAAGCAACAAUCCUACCAAGGACCGCAUGGAGAUCACCAAUUUAGUUCCAAAUCAGACAUUAUCUGUGAAUAGCUUGGAUGUUUUAGGACCCUGUCUAGUAUGUGGUACUGAUGCAGAAGCCAUUUAUGUUAAUAGACAUCUUCUUGCUUGAAUAUACUUUAAUGAGACACUCUUUAGUAGUUUAACCACCCUGAGAACUAGCAGGAAAGGUCCUGAGGAUUCCAGAUUUUUAAAAAGGAAAUCGUUUACAGAAGCCUGGAAGCAGGGGCCUAUAAUGUAGUCCUAGUAAUGCAGAGGGAAAACAAGCUACAAUAAGGCUCUUGAGAACUGUUCCAUCGCCAUUGAUGCUUAUGCAUCCAGUGAAUGAAAGAGCAGUUAACAUCUGUUAUGUAAAUGCACCAUUCUUUAUUCCCUACUGCCUUUAGCAUUUCUUAUUUGGCAAGCAAAAAAACAAUCAGUAUGGAAAUAAAUUGUAUUUUAAAUGUUCUAAGGGUGUUACAAUAGCUUAAAAAAAAGGUAUGAAAUACUUGAACUCCCUUAAUGUUCAUGCUAUUGUAAUAACACUAAAGUUUUCAUUCAGGGCCAAAAUUUAGGAUUCUUGGGUUCUUUUAAAGACAGACUAAUAGAAAUAUUCCUUUUUUUACUUUGAAAUUUUUAUAUUUAAACAUCCCUAUGCACUAUGAGAAAUGCAAUUGUUAUGCUAGUGGGUGACAACUGGAAAGGGAAACAGUUAGUUAGUUUUAUGACAUGCAAAAAGGACUGUUUAAAUGGUGAAUGGUUAAAAGUCCCAUAAGAGUCUAAAAAUCCUGAAGCUGUAGUAAUCUAAGACCAUGCUAACAACACUGGUAUGGAUGGGCACAUUAAAAUUUGAUGUGGACAUUGUGCCUGUACACUUUUCGAUUUGUAGAAAAAAGUAUGUUUAUAAGGUAGUCUUUAUGGGUGUUGGACAGACAUCUGACCAGCAUUAUCCUAUUAAGGUUAAGUUCAUAUGAUAAACAGUUUUUGACAAAACUAUAGUCAUGAGUUUUGUCAAAAUUAAUGGAGUACCAAAUCGAAGUGUUUCCCAACAGCUAUCAUAAAAACACCUAAUUUUUCAAUAUUAUGUCUAGCUUUUUUAACAAGGAGCCCUUUCUCCAAUGUUUUUAAUAAAUAUUUUUUCCACCAGAAUUUUAUUUA